AUGGUAGGACAAGCCAGGCUGACCAAUUUCACUGCGUUAUUGCAGUUCAGUUUGGGGCAAUCCAAUCCCACAUACCUCGUGGAGGCAGCAGAUGGCCGCAAGGAUGUCCUACCGAAGAAGCCACCGGGGAAAAUCGUGUCCAGCACCGCACACCGAGUGUCCCGCGAGUUCAGGAUCCUACGUGCCCUCGAACAGACCGACGUGCCGACCCCAAAAGUAUACACUCUCUGCGAAGAUGACGGGGUGAUUGGGACACAUUUCUACAUUAUGCAAUACAUCGAAGGCAGGCAUAUCGAAGAGCCCCAUAUUCCGGGAGUCUCGCCGGAGGAACGCACAGAGAUGUAUGACCACGACCACGAUGCCAUUCGAACGCUGGCCCGACUCCAUCGUCUGGACUUUUCCCGCCUCGGGCUCGCCGGCUUUGGCCGUCAUCACGGCUUCUACGACCGACAAAUUAAGACCCUCAAGCAUGUCUCCGACAGUCAAGCAUGCGUGGUGGAUGUACACACGAAGAGAGCCGUGGGUGGGCUGCCACACUUGGAUGAAAUGACCCGAUUCUUCAGCGACCCCAGCAAACAACCCCGAGAUCGAUCGUGUCUAGUGCAUGGCGAUUUCAAGAUUGACAAUCUCAUCUUUCACAAGACGGAGCCUCGCGUCAUCGGAGUGUUGGAUUGGGAGAUGGCGACCAUUGGCCAUCCACUCUCCGAUGCCAUCCGAGCGACGUCUUCGCCGACGGGGGGACCAAUGGCCCUGCCCACCCAGGGGCAGAUUUUGAAGUGGUAUUUCGAGGAGACUGGCUACGACGUGUCCCACGACCUGACCAGGGGCACCGCCUUUGCAGGAUUUCGGUGCGCGGUGAUCAUGCAAGGAGUCAGUGCGAGGCUUGCUCAGGGCCAGGCCAGUGGCAAGAAUGCGAUCAUCUAUCGAUCUCAGAUCAGCCCGUACACUGAGUGGGCGCUGAGCCCGAUCCACCGCCUGCAACAGCGUGCAGAGCGUGUAAAGCUGUAG